AGUUGGAAUCAUAUCGUCGGGAGAAUACCUCGUCAUCAUGAAGUAACAACAAACCAAGAACAACAAACCACUAAUAAACCAUGCUUUUGAUCGUUUACAUCAAAAGAUCAGAGAAAAUUCGGUUUGGAAGGUGGGCAAUGGAAAUAAAAUCAAAAUAAUAGAUGAUGUUUGGUGUCCUCAAGGUUUAUCUCUUAAGAAUGGUCAAGACCAGCUGUUGCAAGGGGAACUGGUAAACGGUCUCAUGGACUGUAAUAAUCAUCCUUGGAUCUGGAACACCAACAAACUAAGAUUGUUAUUUGAGGAAAGAACGGUUGCAGACAUACAAGACAUCCCAAUCAACAGCGAAAGAGAUGAUCAGCUUGUCUGGCAUCUAGAAAAGAAUGAGAAAUUUUCAACAAAAUCUCUAUACAACAAACUCAUAAGAACAAACCAACUAACUGAUAGAGAUCAAGCAAGGUUUUGGAAGAAGUUAUGGGGUCUGAACAUCCAGCCAAGACUCAAAACUUUCCUUUGGAAGUGUGUGCAUACGAUUCUCCCUUUGAAUGGUAGAAUUGCACAGAUCCUCCCUGAUGUGAAUAAAAUUUUCCCCAACUGUGGGAAGCAGGAAGAAACACUCACCCAUAUCUUUAUGCAUUGUGAAUUUACAAUAUCUGUCUUGCUUUACAUAGGUCUGGACACUUUGAUGGUUAGGAAUAAUCAUCUAGAGUUUCAUACUUGGUUAGUAGAUUGGUUCCAUAGAAAAGACAUGUAUGAAUAUCAGGUGCAUGAUUGGCCAGAGAUAAUGACAACUUUCUUAUGGGGUAUAUGGAAAUCUAGAUGUGAUUGGGUUUUCAAAAACAAGAAGCUCUCUGUCACUAGGACUAGGCAGGAAAUUAUCUCAAUGAUAAGUUCCAAAAGAAACAUGUUAAACAACAAAGAAGGAAAAGAUAAGAUUGAUAUAGUUAAGUCAAGUAAUAAUGUAACAGAGGUCUCCUUGGAGCGAGGAGUUUCCAAGCAAUAGCUUCUGCGGGCAAGAGCAUAGAACAUCAGGCGGCUUCUUUCACGAUCCAAUGGUCUCAACAAAUGAACUUUCCACCAGUGCAAUUUGCUCAACAAAUGAACUUUCCACCAGUGCAAUUUGAAAGCGACAAAGUGAAAGUGUUGGAAGCAGUUCGAGAACAAGUUCUGGAGAUGAAAGACGAGAGGAACAGAUUGCAUAUAAGCAAUUCUCUCCAUUUUUAAACUUUGCAUGUUAGGCGUAAUCUUAAGUCUUAUUCCUAAUUCUUCUAAUUUUAUGGCUUGUAAGCUUGCAGAGUACUGUAUGAGUGCAGCUUAUUUUAGAGAGUGGGAUUACAACUCUAUC